AUGCGUCUGGGUUUGUUGCGCUGCCACUUUACUCCCCCGGACAGCCGCGCUCCCUGUGGGCCUCACCGCGCAGCUGCUGGCAGCCUUGCGUGCUCCUGCCGUGCGGAGUGUCCUGCCACUGAGCGUGGCCACAGACAGUUUUCAGUUCCCCGCAUGGCAGCAGCAUCCCGAUUGCCCACACGAGUUCCUGUCGCCACAGACUCCCUCUCGGCGAUGGAGGCGCUCCGCCUUGGACUGCUGGCGGUGUACGACGACGUCGCCGAGGAGAUUUUUACCGUGCCACUUUCACUGGUGGAUCGAGUUCGCACAGUUGACUCCACAUUUUCACCAUGGCACUGCGGAGCCCCACGCAACGUUACAGCGGACGCUGAUGCCAUCAUGGCACGAUCCCUCCCGCAGGACUGCGUCAAUGCCUGGCAUGUGGGCCUCCUCACCGCAGUCAGGCGGCCGUACUGA